AUGACCAAGUGGGGGUCAUUGCAAAGCACCAUUAUAUGGCCGAGCGAGUUCUCUUACGCGGUGGAGAACGAGGGGCAGGACAACAAAUUCGGAUACAGCUAUGUGGUCAAAUAUAAUGGGAACAUGGUUCACAGCAGCUUAAAGAAAGAGUUAAAUCAGGUGAACAAACUGAUGAAGAUGACAAGACGGGUGUGUGAAAAUUUGGAGGAACAAAGCGGCCGGAACGACGUGAACAGGUUGGAGACGGACGAGUUGGAGGCAGACAACUUCGGGAUGCACAUCGGUGAGGACAGCGCAAAGGAAAUUAACCAGGCUAAUCAAAUCCUCUUGCGGCUGAAUGAGAAGAAGGAGUUUUUUAAGGAAAGUCUCGGUAAAAUUAACACCGUUGAUGAGAAGUAUGACAUUGCUGUGAGUAGCGCGUCCGCUGAUUACGCAGUUCGUUUGGACUCCCCCUUUGUGUGGAUCGAGGGGGAUCCCUUAGUGGACGCCCUAAAAAGGGGGCAGCUCGGGGGAGCCGAUGACAAGCGCUAUGAAACUGCUAAGCAGCGCUAUGACACCUCUAAGCAGCUAGGCCGAAGGGGUGAGCAGCGCCGUGGAGGGAGGGCUCCCGAAUUUAGGACCUUCCUGUACAACGCCAAAAUUAUCGAGUGCGACGCAACGCUCAUCGAGGACAGGGAGUUUAUUUUUUCAGAAGCCAACACGAGCAGCCUGAAGGUUAAAACGCUCAUCAACGAAGGAAAGCGCAUAAGACAGGUGCUGUACGAAUAUAAGGAGGGCUGCGUCGAGGAAAGCAAGCUGCAAAAUGAUCAGGAUGAGUUUCCACCCCCAGGGAGAAGCGGAAGUGUAGAAGGUACAACACCCCCCGCAUGUGGGGACGACGAAGUGACCUACGAACGUCUGGGUAUACUUCCAUACAGUGACAUAAUCAUGCUGCAAGAGAGGGAGUACGGCAAGAACAGUUACGUGGCUGCUUUUUUAACCCCAUUUGUUCUGAACGGAAACGUGAAGGGGUUCAUCGAGAAGGUACAGCCCUACAUGGCAUACCAAUUUGAUAGUAACUUAAUAUUGACAAAUCUGUGUAAACUGAUUAAGCUCAUGUGCCACUUGGAAGAGAAGGACGUCCUGCAUGGGAACAUCAAACCUAGCAAUCUCUACAUCGAUAACAGUGGGUUCAACAUCCUCCUAGGAAACUUUGUUCCGAAGGUCAAGCUCACAGAUUAUUUCCACUACGUUGUUAAUGGGAAAGGAGGAAUGCCAAAAUAUAUUUCCCCUGAACUUCUUUCCUACUUGAGAAAGAAGAAGAUGAUGGUGAAAAAUGGAGGCAAGAAAAAUAAGCACAUUGAGAAGUACCUCGUGAAGAAUGACAUUUUCUGUUUGGGCCUCUGCUUUUACUACCUCGUGACGAUGAAGGAGGAUAUCCUCAACCACGUGGAUGAUCCGCGCGCCUUUCAACAUAAGGUGAACAAGCUGCAGGCGUGCGUCUGUCGCCCGCAGCUUCUUCUGCUUCUGCGCAGCAUGCUCGCCUACGACCAUCGGGUGCGGCCCACCUGGGCGGCGCUGCUGGCCGCGGUAAGGGGGGAGAAGUGA